AUGAGGGACACAGUCAAGAUGCGAAGUUCUCUGGCCCUGGACACAUACGACUACGUCCUGGCGGCGGUGAACAACCGUGAGGACGAGACGAGAGAAGGCGGAACCCACUGGUCUCUAUUAGUGUACACCAGGGAGAGUAACACAUACUGCCAUCUGGACAGCGUGGAGCCCCUGAACCGCCCACACGCACAGAGACUGGCAGUAGCGCUUAGCGGUGACCCUGACGUCAACGUGGUACAGAUUCAAUGCCGUCAACAGAAAGGUGGAGUAGAGUGUGGUGCUUAUGUGGUUCACUAUAUUGAACUUAUAUGUUCAAUGAUCGUGAGCAACAUCAGCAUCAAAGCCAUGGUCGUAAUCUACGGUCACUUGCUGCAGAAUCAGUUAGGUGAAAAUUUUGCAGUGUACAGUGUUUGUGAAGUCAAGUGGCAAGAGUGA